CAGAACACUUUUGGUGAGAGCUGCCUUAUGCAUUUAGAUAUUUCUUUGUUAUAAUGGAAGCCUAAUAAUCAUGACUUGUCUUUCUUUGCUAAUAAUAGUUUUCUAAGUGCUAAGUCCUAGCGAAUGUUUAAACUUCUUUUCCAAAUAACCUUUGCGUUUAUUCAGACUUUUAUGUCUUAAAGAAGCUUAUUAAAGCAUGCCAGAAGAAUAUAUACAGUAUUAUACUAUUUAUGAAAGGUUUAACAUUUACCACACAAAACACACACACCUAUGUAAUUAAAAGCAUAAAGAAAAAGAAUGUGAACAUCUUAGAUUUAAAUUAGCAUAGUUAAUUAGAAUUACUGCUAUAUACAUUUUAGUUUGAGAGUAUUAAACAAUUCGUAUUUAGGAGCAGGAUUGGUUGUGUAAAUCAUUUGUUUAUUCAAACAUUUUAUGGUGUGAACCAUUUUCAAGGCGGGUGUUAUAUUUGAUCCUUUGGUCUAUGGGUGGUUAUAGGAUAGUUUACAACCUGUUAGUCUUGGGAAUAAACUGAAAGGAAGGUGUAUUUUUCAUCUGUACUUGGUUGACUGGAACACUUGCCCAGCGUCGUUAGCAUGUUUGAUGUAAGGUGGGAGACACCAGGCUGUUGGCAGAUGUUCGAAGACUUUUCCCACCGUUUGGGUGCUUCCACUGGGCAGCAGAGCCAGAGGCUGUGAGAAGGGAGCUGAUGUGUGAGGAAAUGGACACUUCCCUCAGGGCUCAGGGAGCAUUUAUUCCCUCCAUCCCAGGGAUGGUUGAGGAUAAUACAUGCACAAGUGAGAGCAGAAAUAUACUAAAGCUAUGCUAGGAAGGCGCUAAUAACCCUUCCACGGUGGAAAAGAAUGAACUCUAGAUAUUUUCGUUGAAGAAUACUGAAUAAAAAUGAAUGAAUUUUCAAGACCCUCAUUUUAGAAAUGUUGCUUGCCUUAGGAACAUAAUGCCAUGCUUAAAGCAGAUAAUUAAGUUCUCUUAAGAAAGAGAACUUGAUUAAAUUCUCUUUAAGAAAGAAAGGCCACAGGAUGAGUUUCCUUGCGGUGAUAAAACAUGGAGUCAUUUUGGACAUCCCAACCCGGAGACCGGUACAGCCUGGUGAAGUUGUAGAGGUACCUGACCUGCUUUGUUUUGAGUCAGUUGAUCAAAGGUGUUUUUUGGUUGUUGUUGUUGGUCUUAUUUUGUUUUUGGUGGUUGUUAUCUUUUUUAGAGGCACGGGUGGGUUUGGGGGUGGGGUCUUCUACCUCGGCGGUCAAGUGUUACACAUCUAAGCAAUUGGGAAAAAUAGUCUGAGGUCUUAUUCUAUUGUUCAGACGCUUGACUUUUUGACUCAGUCAUUGUGGUUUUCAAGUCUUCAUUUGUAAGGUGUUUACUCCCUAAGAAGACUUCUUAAGAAAACUAUUAAUAAUGAGUCUUCAUGAGCAGGCUGACCUUAGAUCCAAACCUCACAACACUUUUAUUUGGUCUGUUCUCGUGAAGUCUUCGCCAUUUGUUACGUGCUGUUUCUGAUACCGAGCUUCGGUACAUUUUCACAUAAACUAUUGGACUAUUUAUAAAACAAGACAUAAAGAUGUAGCAGAGAAGGCAGGAAAUUCUUGACGUUUGUGUGCCGUAUCUCGUUCUCUGCUUCCUGUCAGUUAAACCACGAUGAGAGGAACAGAGACACAGAUGUACAAUUGCUGCUCUAAUUUCCCAUUAGGGAGACCGGCCAAGAAGUUCUAGAGAAGACACAUUCAGAACAACUGCCUCCAUUUGAGUAAAAUCUCAGUGAACCAAGAAAAUUUGAAGCACCCACCCUAAAGGAAACCUGGGUAUACAGUAACCUCACAGACCUCGCUUGGGUUUUUUGUUUGUUUGUUUGUUUGUUUUUUUUAACACCACUUGGUCACUGGACUCUGCUGCCUGGUACUUGGACCUGCUUGGAAUUUUUCUCAUGUGGAUCUAAGGGGAAUGCUUUAUUAUGGCUGCUGUUGUCCAACAGAACGACCUAGUAUUUGAAUUUGCUAGUAACGUCAUGGAGGAUGAACAGCAGCUUGGUGACCCAGCUAUCUUUCCUGCCGUCAUUGUGGAACAUGUUCCUGGUGCUGACAUUCUCAAUAGCUACGCGGGUCUGGCCUGUGUGGAGGAGCCCAAUGACAUGAUUACCGAGAGCUCCCUGGAUGUGGCUGAGGAGGAAAUCAUCGAUGAGGAUGACGAUGACAUCACCCUGACAGUUGAAGCUUCCUGUCAUAAUGGGGAUGAAACCAUUGAGACCAUCGAGGCUGCGGAGGCGCUCCUCAAUAUGGACUCUCCUGGCCCCAUGCUGGAUGAAAAGCGCUUCAAUAAUAAUAUAUUUAGCUCAUCCGAAGACGACGUUAUUGCGCCAAUCACCCAUGUAUCCGUCACAUUAGAUGGGAUUCCUGAAGUGAUGGAAACUCAGCAGGUUCAAGAGACCUUUGCACACUCCCCAGGACCCUCGUCACCAGAACAACCGAAGAAGAAGAAAGGAAGAAAAACUAAACCUCCACGACCAGAUUCCCCAGCCACGACACCAAACAUAUCUGUGAAGAAGAAAAACAAAGAUGGGAAGGGAAAUACAAUUUAUCUUUGGGAGUUUCUGCUGGCACUGCUCCAGGACAAAGCUACUUGUCCUAAAUAUAUCAAAUGGACCCAGCGAGAAAAAGGCAUUUUUAAAUUGGUAGAUUCUAAAGCAGUAUCCAGGUUGUGGGGGAAGCACAAAAACAAACCUGACAUGAACUAUGAGACGAUGGGAAGAGCUCUCAGGUACUAUUACCAAAGGGGUAUUCUGGCAAAAGUAGAAGGUCAGCGCCUGGUGUAUCAGUUUAAGGAUAUGCCAAAAGAUCUCAUUUACAUAGAUGAUGAGGAUCCAGGUUCCAGCAUAGAGUCCUCAGAUCCAUCGCUGUCUUCAACCACCACUUCGAGUCGGAACCCACCAAGUCGAUCGAGAGGAUCUUCAAGCCCAGGGACAAAAGGAGGAGCCACUACAGUUCUAAAACCAGGGAAUUCUAAAGCUGCAAAACCCAAAGAUCCUGUGGAAGCUGCACAGCCAUCAGAAGUUCUGAGGACAGUGCAGCCCACACAGACUCCAUAUCCCACCCAGCUCUUCCGGACUAUUCACGUAGUACAGCCCGUGCAGACUGUUCCAGAAGGAGAAGCAACCAGUAGCGCGCAGGAGGAAACGUUAAGUUCUUCCGUUCAGAGUAUUAGGACUCUACAGGCUCCAGCCCAAGUUCCAGUGGUCGUAUCUCCUGGGAAUCAGCAUUUGCACACAGUGACACUCCAGACCGUGCCAAUCACAACAGUUAUAGCCAGCACGGAUCCAUCCUCAGGGGCUGGAUCGCAGAAAUUUAUUUUGCAAGCCAUUCCCUCGUCCCAGCCCAUGACAGUACUGAAAGAAAACGUGGUGCUGCAGUCGCCGAAGCCGGGCUCCCCGCCUUCGCUCGUCCUGAGCCCCGCCCACGUCCAGCAGGUUCUUCCGAGCAGCGUGCAGUCGGUCUGCAACGGAACCGUCAGUGUGGCCUCAUCUCCGUCCUCCUUCAGUGCCAGCACCCCCGUGGUGACCUUUUCUCCUCGCAAUUCACAACUGGUGGCUCACCCCCCUGGCACGGUGAUCACGUCCGUGAUCAAAGCGCAAGAGACAAAAACUCACAUGCAGGAAGGAGAGAAAAAGGAGGUGGAAGAUAGCUGGAAAGAAGGCGCCGAGGAACCGGAGCAGCAGCCACAGCCUUAUGUGAUGGUGGUAUCCAGUUCCAAUGGAUUUACGUCUCAGGUAGCUAUAAAAAAUGAACUGCUGGAACCCAGCUCUUUCUAAUUCGUAUGCCAAAGGAAUCCUGGAUGAUUCUCUUUUCAGUGGAACCUUUUCCAUUGUAUGCAAACGAGUGAUUGAUUCUAAGAUAAAUUCUGCAAACCUUCCUAAUUGUGUAGUUACUUGUUAAAAAUAGUACCUUGGAGUUUUUGACUUUGACUUUGUGAUUUUUGACUUUGUGUAGAUGAGGAAGGAAAACCCAAGUGUGUUUCUCUUUUUGUUUUCCACAUGUUUAAGAAUUUAAUUGUGAAGGAACAGGCGUUUUAUACUCUGAAGAUAUUCUUUUGAAAAUUUUUUUCAAGCUCUAUCAUGACCAUUUUUAAAGUUUCUUUUUAAAUUUUACACUGUAUUAGCUUUUCUGAUUCUUUUGUAAAUACAGUACUUAAAUAUAAGGCAUCAGGAAAUUUAUAUAGGCGCUAUUUUCAUUCCACUUGUAUAGGUUAAGGCUUGACUCUUUCAAAUGCAAGACACCUAUUUUAUGCUCUGUUAAAAUUAGGAUUUCUCUUAGGUUGACUUUAGUUGGUUGUACGGUAUAUUAAACGAUGGCUGCGUAAAACACAACUUUAAAAACUGAAAUGUGCCCGUGAUACGGCUGAUCCUGUUUCAGAAGCAGGUGGUGUAAAAGCAUCAGCCUAAGAGUGGCCCUCCUACUCACCAGGUGUGUCACCUUGGGCAAGCCACUUGAUCCUUCUGGGCCUCAGAAGAGGAGGGAUGUAUUGGAUCAGACGAGAUGAGCUCCAGUUUCCUCUGUAGUUCUAAAUUUUAUGACUCUAAACCCAACAUUUUAAAGUUAUAUGAAUGAAAACAUUAUCAGCUUAUCUCCUAAUGUAAAUAUAUAGCUAAAAUAUUGGAGAAAAAUUCAUGGCCCUACAGAAUUCAUUCUGCUGUUAAUCUGGACCAUCUGCUGUGAAUUCCUCUUGUCUACUUUGUUCCUUACCUCUUUAGGCCACUGUGCACUGUGGACCACAAGUGAAGUUAUGUCGCUUAGUGCUAAGUGAUACACUGCUGCUUUGAAAGAGUCAGGGCUCUUGAAGGCCCCAGAAAGCAAACAAGCCUUGGGCUAAUCUGGCUGAGUAGUCAGUUGCUUAUAAAAGCAUAACUGCCUUAUAUUUUGGAUUAUUUUUUUUUAUUGGGAGUGGGGGGAGGGGGAGUUGCAUACAAAGAUAAUAUACAUAUAUAUCCAAGUUUCUGAAAUGAAAUAGUUUUUAGAUUACUUUUUCAGCUGUAAAUAAUGUACAUUUAAUUCCACGAGAAAAAUUGUUUUCUGCAAAUUUUCUAGGUAUAGCAAAAAGAAAUUUUUGUAGAUGAAAAAAAUCAUUAUGUUUAGAGGUCUAAUGUUAUAUGUUUUCGUAUUACAGAGUGAAUUUGUAUUUAAACAAAAAUUUAAAUUUUGGAAUCCUCUAAACGUUUUUGUAUCUUUAAUUGGUUUAUUAUUAAAUAAAUCAUGUA